AAGAGUCAGUGACUCAAAUACCAGCUAUGCAUUCUCAUAGCUCAGUUGUUUCUAUAUUCUAAUACAGCUUAACACGCUAAAGAACAAAGUUUGUCUGUUGGUGCUAGCGUUUAGUGUUUAAUGUCGAACCCAUUCCAACUUAAAAUCGAUGUUCGCCCCAUCUAGUGCUGGACCGUAGAACAAUUUGAGUUAUCUACCCAGUCAGCCAGUGGAUGAAACCUGUCAUGACGAACUUGACAUCGGUGCGUGUCGUUGUUCUAGGAAGCAAGCAUGUAGGUAAAACUGCACUGAUAGUCCGUUUCCUCACACAACGUUACAUUGGUGAAUAUCGUUCCAAUAUAGACUGGUUGUACAAGCACAGUGUUACGUGUGAUGAUAGCGUAACUGAAGUCGAGAUUUUGGACAUUUCUCGCUGGUCGGACGACUUUCUUCCGACCGACGGAGUCCAAUGGGCUGAUGCCUGUGUUGUUAUUUACAGUAUCUGUGACAGAAAAAGUUUUGUUAAAGCUCAUGAUUAUCUUGAUGUAAUUUAUCGUACUAAGGCACCCCAUUACACUCCUGUUGUGUUGCUAGGUAACAAAAGAGAUCUAGAGCUCGGCCGACAGGUGUCGUUCGAGGAUGGAAGUGAACUUUCCACUCAGUACGGUUGUGACUUUGACGAAGUAUCCGCAGCAGAUAAUUAUGUCAGAGUUAACGAAGCCUUUUGCAGUCUUAUUCGUCAAGUAAGAACUUCUCAACUUCAACAGUCUCUUGUUAGACAAAGAAAGCGGAGCAUCAUGACAGUUACUAAGAUGUUAAGCGCCAUGUUUGGGAAGCACUCCAAUAAAAAUGUAAGAAAAAAUACGCAACCAUCUUGUUCACUGUAAGAAAAAAAACAUACAAGUCAUUGACUGCAUUGAAACUGUACACCGUUGAACAAUCACUACGUUUUUCAAAACGUAAAGUUUGUGUAAUUAUUCUGAAGAUAUUUUGUAUGAUAUUGUUUUGCACUAGGAAAAAACCAUUUGAUUCUAAGAUAACUUUGCUUUCGCUUAGAAUCUAAUUGGUUCGAUGAAUUAUGUGGUAUGUGUUCAAGUUAGGGCAACUUUGAGAGCGUUUCAUGAACACCAAGUUAUAUUCAAAAAUUUCGAGAACACAAUGUUUUUAUUUAUUGUUCUUGUUAUUUACAUACCUC